AUUCCAUUUUGCGCCUCUACUCUACUCAUUGCAUACACAUAGCAACUAUGGUAGAUGUGAAACUAUUAGGAUUUUGGUCUAGCCCUUUUGUUCAUAGAGUGAUAUGGGCUCUAAAAUUCAAAGGCAUAACCUAUGAUUAUAUAGAACAAGAUAGACAUACCAAAAGUGAAUUACUCCUUCAAUCUAAUCCUGUUUACAAGAAAGUCCCUGUUCUUAUUCACCAAGGUAAAGCCAUUGCAGAAUCUCUUGUUAUUCUUGAAUACAUUGAAGAAACUUGGCCACAGAAUCCAUUGCUGCCACAAGAUUGCUAUCAGAGAGCCUUGGCUCGAUUUUGGAUUAAAUUUGGAGAAGAUUCGAUUGCUUCUAUAACGGAUUUGUUUCUCCGACCCCCUAAAGACGAAAAAGAAAGAGGUAAUGCAAUAGAAAAAGCACAAGAAACUAUCACAAUAAUGGAAGAGCAAGGGCUAGGGGACAAGAAGUUUUUUGGAGGCAUCAAUAUUGGAAUGGUGGACAUAACAUAUGGAUGCCUUAGUCAUUGGUUAGAAGGGUUGGAGGAAAUUGUUGGGAUCAAAUUGAUUGAGGCAAAUAAAUUUCCUCGGUUGCAUGCAUGGAUUCAAAACUUUAAACAAGUUCCUUUGAUUAAAGAAAACAUUCCUGAUUAUCAGAAACUAUUGCUCCAUCUUCAAUGGCGCAGGCAGGAAUAUAUUAUAUAGUUUCAUCGAUGCUACAAAAGUUGUGUGGGAGAUUCGGGAAAAAUGAUACUGAAGUAGCAAAGUUUUAUACAAGAAAUGAGAGUUUGAAUUGUGUACCUUUUAAAAUUUAAACAAGGUUAUGAUAUCACAAUCAGAAAA